UUUAAUUUUGUGUUUAUUGCUAGCUUCUUUUUCUCCUUCUUCUUCCUGUAAAGUCCACUUCAUGGGUUCAUUGUUAAAACCUCAAGUUCUGUGCCCGAGCUUAUGCUGCUGCUUUUUUCUCUGACGUACUCAAUUGGAGCUCAUUGACUCUAUUCUAAUGGCUUAUCUAUAAGUUGUGUAACUGAAAUGAUCUGAUGGGAAUUACUGAUCUUUUUCGAUAAUGCAUUAUGGGUUUUGUUUAUUAUUAUAGCUCUCUCGUGUCUUUAGUGAAUUUAGUUAAUUGACAGAGUUAGAAUCCCUGUUAUUGAAGUAGAGUUAGCUUUUAGUCGCCAAAUAGGGUUACCUAAUCUAACUAUGUUCACAAUUAGUUGGUACAGUACCUUGUGGAAUCAUAGGUGGACAAGGACAACGGAUUUGAAUUAUGUUGCAACUGGAAUUAAGUUAUCAAGUGAAAUGAACUGAAGAUUAAUCCGGCCGUAUGGAUAACAUGUCUACAACAGAUGGAGACCUCACUGUUGAUCUUGAGAGUGGUGGGACUGCACCCAGAAGAGUUUGUGAUGCUUUUGCGAGGAUGAACGGAUUGAACAAAGGUGAAAAUGGGGUGGUAAAUUUGAGUGGCAAUCUGUCUGGUGUCAAUGAGGUUGAGGUUGCUCUGGACAAAGUGGAAUUAUGUUCGAUGGAUGACAAGGUUGAGGGGCACAAGGCUGUAGAUCUUGUGGAUAAUAAUAAUAAGUCAGGGAAGGAAAGGCCUAAAAGGACAAGUGCUAAAAAACCUCCCAGGCCUCCUCGGCCUCCCAAAGCUUUAUCUUUGGAUGCUGCUGACCAGAAGCUUAUCAAAGAGCUCUCCGAACUAUCCAUGAUCAAACGUUCAAGAAUUGAGCGAACGAAGGCCUUGAAGAAGAUGAAAGCUGCCAAGGCUUCAACAUCAACUGGCAGCUUAUUUGCCAUGAUAUGCACCUUUCUCUUCUGCCUUGUUAUGGUCUUUCAAGGAAUGUUCCCUCAAAAAAAUUCACCAAUAAGCUUCCAGGAUUCCCAGGUAUUGGCUCUAGUAGCUGACUCUAGUUCAAUCUCAAGUCACCACGACAGGACUAAAUCUGCAACUUCAAAUGAUGCCAGAAUUUCUGGUUUUCACUCUCCCAGUUUGGAGGAGCAGCUUUCUGGUAGAUUUGGGUGACAAAUGUGAGAAGAGUGGCAGGACAAAAUGGCGCAUAUGUGGGAAUUGAAAAUUCAUACCCGUAUAUUUGUAGUUGUACUAGCCAUUUUUCAAUUUGUGGUUUCAUGUGUGGCCUUCUUGUGAUGAUGAAGCCCACCCCAUCAAAUUGCCCCGGUAUGUUAAUUACUAUGAGUAGGAGAUGAGUUUGAAUUACUACACACGCUCUUCUACUGCUAGCAGUCUUAUGAAGGACUGAAGUUGUCAUCUCAGCAACUAGCCUUGGGUGGAAUUCCCUCCUACAAGUCAGGUUUUAUUGCCUUUUUCCUUACACUAGUUGUGGCAUGUCAAAAUUGAGAGCGAAUCAUGGUGCCGUGCCUUCGAUUUUUCCCUUUUUGGGGGGGAUAAUUAUGUAGUUUGAUGUUGUUGAGAUGCAGAGAAACUUUGUUUAUGCAUGCUGAUGCAGUUAUCUACCUUUAUGGAUCGAUUAAGCCUGUCUUAAAUUGAUGAGCACGUACUUGUUUUUUAUUUGAAUUCAUGGUCAUGGCUCUAGCUCUAACAAAACUCCCGGAGAUUUCAGGUGAUAUUCCAUCCCUUCAAAAGCCUUGAAUUCAUGGAUUGAUAUCACACGACUCCCUUUAAUCUGUAUUUUACUAGAAUUUAUCAUCUGGCAAGCUCUGUUGACUAGGCAGUGCCUCCAAUUGCUUUAUUUCUGUUCUUCAAUAAACAAGAUCCAUCUUCUCUGAUUCUCUUAAUAGAUCCACUGUUUAAGCCAUAUUACUAGUUAUUAUUGUUGCUGUUAUUGUAAUAAGAAAAUCCAUUCAGGCGCGACACAAAUAAUUAAAAAGAGAACCCCUUUUGCUAGUGCUUUAUUAUGAUAUAUAUAUUUAUAUAUCACUUGAACAAAUGUUUGAUUAUGCUUGUCCUUGUUAGAUUAGGAUUUUGAUUAAUGAAUUCUAAAAAGUUGAUCUCUGUCUCCUCUCUUCUUUUGCAAUCUGCCUGGUUCUUCUACUUCCCUCUCAGCAGAUCUCCCUCUAAUUCUUCUCUUCCUCGUCUGUCCGUCUUUUUUUCUCUCUUCCUCUCUUUAAUCUCUUCCGUUUCUUCUUUCAGUUCUACAUCAAAUGGUUCCGUUCUUCCUUCUACAGGAUGCCACCAUAUAGUCAAGAUAAAGUGCUAUUGAUCUUUAUUUUAUUUUUUUAAAGAAAAAGCAAAAGAAAUAAGAAGAAUAAAGUAGUAUCUUGAUGGUGAUCAGUUUAAUCUUAUCUUGAUAAUGGUAAUCAAUUCUUUUCCUGUGCCACGGAACAGAAGGGUAGUCUGUCAUUUAAUCAUCUCACACUCACAAGAUAAAACAGAACCUACUUCUAUCAUCCAAACCCAUACUUAUCACUAGCAGCAUCGCACAACAGACAACAGCAUCAUACCUCAAGCUUGAACACCCAUCCCCCCUCCUCUAUAAAAAGGGCGUCCACAGUGCAGGAGGUUCACGUUUUGCAAGGGUCGUACUUAUUGUGUAGUCUUUCCUCGCACCCUCCGGCAAAGAAACUCUUUCCAUGACUUGCACCUAUGACCUUCUAGUACAAAUGAGUAAUCUUACUGACCCGUUGCUACCAAGGCUCGUGCCUCUCUAAAUUAUUAUUAUUAUUAUUUUUAUAAUGUCUUAGCUAAUACGUAUAUCCAAGAUGGGUGCGCAUAUUGACAUGUAAAUGUG